AAUUUGCUAUAAUAGCCCAACCACUUUAUAAACUAUUAGAGAAAGAUGUUUCCUACAAAUGGAAAGAAUAUCAACAAAAUACCUUUGAAACUUUAAUAAGAUAUUUAAUGAUGGCACCUAUCUUAAGAUACCCAGAUUUUAAAGAAUUGUUUUACUUACACACUAAUACCUCUGGCAUAGGUUUAAGAGCUGUGUUAGCUUAA